GAGAGAAAGAGAGAGAGAAGAGAGAGAGAAGAAGAAAGAGAGAGACAGUCGGUCAGAGCUCCAGGGACAUCUGUGUUCAGGGGUUUGUUCCUCCAGGUCGGAGAGAAACAGGCCCGAGGAGACAAAGGCUGUCUUCUGUUGGACAUCUGUCCAUCUCUAUUUUCGUCUCUGAUAAGUCUUUUCUGUAGCCGCCAUCAUUCCGUGCUGCAAGGCCGACCCCAAAAUGUCUUCCAAUGGAGACCUCAGCGACCUGGGCAGCUCUGACAGCUUCUGGGAGCCGGGGAACUACAAAAGGACAGUGAAGCGAAUAGACGAUGGUCACCGGCUGUGUAACGAGGUGGUCAGCUGCUUCCAGGAGAGGGCGAAGAUAGAAAAGAGCUACGCUCUGCAGCUGAGCGACUGGGCCAAGAGGUGGAGGGGUGUCGUGGAAAAAGGUCCUCAGUACGGUACGCUGGAGAAAGCGUGGCAUGCCUUUAUGCAGGCGGCCGAUCGGCUCAGCGAGCUGCAUCUGGAGCUUCGGGAGCGGCUGGCGGGCGAGGACAGCGAGAAGAUGCGCAACUGGCAGAAGGACGCCUUCCAUAAGCAGAUGAUGGGAGGCUUCAGGGAGACCAAGGAUGCAGACGACGGCUUCCGCAAGGCACAGAAACCCUGGGUCCGCAAACUGAAAGAGGUGGAGUCCAGUAAGAAGACCUACCAUCAGGCCAGGAAGGAGGAGUGGACGGCGGUUACCAGGGAAACGCACGCGAAGGCCGACACAACCAAGUCACAGGAGGAAGUCCGCAAAUACACAACCCGAGUGGAGCGCUGCAACCAGGAGGCCGAGAAAAUGAAGGAGCGCUACACGAAGGCCCUGGAGGAGCUGAACCGCUGUAACCCUCGCUACAUGGAGGACAUGGAGCAGGUGUUCGACCUCACCCAGGAGGCCGAGCGUGAGAGGCUGCGCUUCUUUAAAGAAGUCCUGCUGGACAUCCACACACACCUCGACCUGUCCGCCAAAGAAGGGUUCAAAAGUCUGUACCGGGACCUGGGUCAGACCAUCCAAGCAGCCAAUGACGCUGAGGAUCUCAGAUGGUGGAGGAACACCCACGGACCGGGCAUGAGCAUGAACUGGCCACAGUUUGAGGAGUGGUCUCCGGAGGCGAGCCGCUCCAUCAGCAGGAAGGAGCGAAGUGGGCACUCCGAGGACAACGUGGUCACCCUUACCAACAUCGUCUCCUCAGGCGGAGGCGACGUCCCGCCGAGUCCCAUCACCCUGGACACCGGCAGGGUGAAAGAUUAUUCGUCAGACUGGUCAGACGACGAAAGUCCUAAGAAGGUUCUGGCGGUGAACGGCGUGGGGGAGGCGGAGGACGAGGAGGAUCAGGUAGAGGGGGUGCGAGUCCGAGCGCUCUAUGAUUACACGGGCCAGGAGGCCGAUGAGCUCAGCUUUAAAGCAGGCGAGGAGCUGCUGAAGCUGGGAGAGGAGGACGAGCAGGGCUGGUGUAAAGGACAGCUGAGCGGCGGCCAGGUCGGCCUCUACCCUGCCAACUACGUCCAGGUCGUCGCUUCCUGAUGUCCCGCCCUCUCUGGUCACACAGCCAAUGGUACAACUACACUCAAGAUGCCAGGACCAAUCAAAAGCUAUUAGUGCUGACAUGUAGACACGUCCUUGGUGAAACCAGACAGUUUUUUGGUUACUGACUGUAAAACAUUUUCUGUUUUUUUUCUGUUGUUUGAGCUUCGUUUGUGAAAAUCAGCCAGUGGAAAAGUCCACUUGUUGUGAAACGCUGUUUACUCAGCCUGAGGUCAACGACAUUGUUGUUUUGAAAGAAGCUUGAACGGACUGUAGAAAAACAUGGGCGCCACUCAUCGAUUUCUGACUGGACCUUUUAUCACACUCUGGAUUUUUUUCUUUUUUUUCCCUCGCUGCCAUCAUUCAUCAGUCAGAUAAUUCACAUUUAAUCAAAGAAGACCGAGCCUGGGUGGAGCUGAGGUGGGAUGAGCAGCAAUGAGCAACCACCACAGCUGGCUGUGAUUGGCUGAAACAUCUGUCAAUCAAUCAAACACAAAACAUGCUUCUUUUUAAAGAAGUAGUUUUGACAGUUUGGGAAAUCCGCUUUCUUGCUGAGUUAGGUGAGAAGAUCAAUACCUCUCUAACUAUGCUAACCUCUUCCCCUCCACACUGUCUUUCAGAGGCCUCUGACCUCGAGAUAUGUGAAUGAAAAUGGGCUCUGUGGGUCCCCAGAGUCUCCCCUGUGCGGACAUGCCCACUUUACGCUAAUCCAAUGCAGUUUUUUGCAUGCGGUAUAGAUGUGUUAUUUUCGUCUAGUGUAUUUGAAUAUUCCUGCAUACUGUAGUCCCUAAACAGUAUUGGAAUUGCACGCAUUGGGUGUGACUGUGGAGCCGAGACUCUUGUGGAUCCAAUGAGCACAAAUGGAUUUAUGUGUGAUGAUGUUGGUCCCCAUAGUGCCCAUUUCAUUCAGGCAGAGGAGGCUUGCUAAGGUAUAUUUACAGUAAUGUUGUUUAUAUCAUAUCUGUAUGGUGGCACUCUGUUGUGUUGUGAUACUCUAAUGUUAAUAAUUAAAGUAGGUAUUAUUAUUAUUAAUUUUAUUAUAAUUUAUUAUUAUUUUUAUAAACGUAUAUGUCAUGUAAGACUACGGGCAGUAGCCACUUAGCUUAGCAUAAAGACUGGAACGUUGACAGACUUGUUUUUGUCCUCAUAUUGCUUCCAUACAGUAGUAAAUAAUACAGUAUAGAGUUGGGAAGUGGAUCCGCAUCAAACUCUGUUGAAUCACCAGGAUAAAAGAUGAACAAUGGCUGAAGAAAAUAUUUGUUUUUGAUUAGAAUUUUACAUAAAAACUAAAUAUGUGUAAGUUAAAUACGACUCCCAAGGUGCAUUUUUGUUACCUUUGGACAGAGAGAGGCUAGCUGUUUCCCCCUGUUUCCAGUCUUGCUUUGCUAAGCUAAGCUAACCAGCUGCUAGUUUCAUAUUUAUUAAAUAUGAGAAACGUAUCGAUCUUCACAUCUAACUCAUGGCAGGAAAGUGAGUAUUUCCCUAUAAUAUCAAGACUUGUCAUCAUUAAAUCAACUCAUUAAGAGAAGUGAAGAAUGAUUCAUUUUGAAUUUUAAUAGAGAAGUUGGGACUUUUUUUUUUGUGUAUAUAUAUAUAUAUAUAUAUAUACACACACACACUGGGUGGUUGCUGCUUGAAUCAUUGAGAUGAAAGAAAACCCAGAGACAGACUGUCAGUGCCUUAGUCUAUGAGGCCAGAAAUGUUACAGCGCCGCCCUGCUGUCUGACUGUGGAACUACAGACGUCUGCUGGGUGACGGCCUCCAGUCUAAUCCCAGUAGAAACCAGUAGAUCUCCUGUUACCUUGACUUUAAAAUGUUUAACCUUUGACUGUGCAGGCAGCGUUUGAUUGGCUGUAAACCUUUCAUGCUCCUCCCUCUCUGCAUUUAGCUUGACGGCGGUAUGCUUCGGUUCUUUUGUAGAUUUUUAGGUGUGACACUGAAUUCACUUUCUUCCUUUUUUGAUUUUUUUUUUUUUUUAAAUGUGAUAGCUGUAUGUUUAUAUUAAGUCAAAUGAUUUGAUUAUGAAUGGUUAAACUGUUGCUACCUGUUUCUUUUGAUUUUUUUUUUUUUUAAGAAUAGCAUUUUUACAGUCAACUUAUUUACUUUCUAAUUUAUUUUCCUCUUUAAUUUAGCAAUCAUUCUUCAUUUUAGACUAAGGCAGGCAGAGUAAAGUUGACUGUUAGAUUUGGGUCAUUUUAACCUGUGGAAGGUGGUUCGUUGCUCUUUUUGCUUUGCUGUGCUGGGAUCAUGAAGCACACGCACCUCAGAAAUCUAAAAUAAGUGAUAAUAUUUUGUCCGGUUUUGGGUUUUCGUGUUUAAGUUUGUGGUUUGUGUUUGAGGGAGCCUUCUCCGCCUGCUGAGCUGAGCAUCGCUACAGCUAACACAUGUAGACGUCCAAAUAAUAAGAGAGAUAAUAUAGAAAUUAACGCUACUGUGCUGCUCCUUUUGAUUCUUUCUUUUUCUUUACAAACCUGUAACAUGUUCAUUACGUAAAGUGGGGAGCAAUAAUAAAGAGCUUUCUGCAGCUGGAA